UGCAAUUGAUUUUUCCAAUCAAACAAACUUAGAAGGGACUCUACUCCUCACUAUCUUUUUAUUCAGAAAGAAAGGAAAAUCUUAAUAAAAUAUAUCAAACUUCCUCUCUCUCUCUCUCAUAGUUGACUGUUGAUAAGAAAAGGACAAUUUAUUUUUUUGCCUACAUACCCCACUCUUGUUAUAAAAGACAGUAACCUUUCUGGAGAUCACUCUCUUAUUUUUGUGUAUUAGUGCGUGGAGAGAGAUAGUUACAGAAAGAAAUCGUCAUGGCUCAUAAUAUUCAUAGAUACGCUAAGUGCCAAACUCGGUCACGUGUUUGGCCCUUCAAGACGGCGGGGACGAGGGAAAAGAGGGGCCCACAAAGGCGCGUGCGUGACGUCAGUGCACAGACGGACAAGUAUUACGUUGACGUCAACGGAGUGAAGCAAUUCCGAAACGACGCCGCUCCGGCUUCAAAGCAGCCUAAGCCCGUUGAUGAGGAUCUCUACAAGAUUCCUCCUGAGCUUAUACAUUCUUCAAGAAGGAAGAGAAUGCCUGGCUUUUUAGCAUGUUUGGUUCCAUGUGCGUGAAAAAAAAGAAGAGAAGAAGAGGAAAAAGUAGGAGUUUCUUAUGAAUGAAUAAUGUAAUUUGUUUUUUUUUUUGUUUGAUUUCAUUUAAUAUACACAUAUGAUAUAAAUAUAUAUACGUGGCUUUGGCAAAAAGAACAAAGGAGCAUACUAAUGGUUUAUAGAAAAAGAGGAACAGAGUAAUAGCGUAGUUGUCCUUUUGCUUCUCGGUAAAGGAUUAUCAGUUUCGUAGUGCUCUUAUUACAUUUCUACUUUCUAAUUUUUUUUUUGUCACGUCACGUAUGUUCUAAACAUUUUGUGUGUGUGUGUUACUUUUAAGAGAUUGUUUUUAAUGGAGAGUGCAUCUUUCUUUGUUGAGAUAAUCUUAAUUAUAAGUUUUAUUCUGCACUGCAAAUUCAAC